CUUGCCUGUGGAGGUCAGCUGAAGACGACGCCACGCAGCUAAGUCUGGAUUAGCCGGCCAAACGAGUUUCAAUGCUCCUCCACGUUCUAAGAUGAAGUUAUGGAAAGGUGCUACUUUUGCCUUCAUGCUCUGUGGUGCAGCCCUGUCCACCAUCCUUGUUAGAAACAUGGCCACUGUGGGACAGUUCAAACUUAAGACAAAAUAUCCACACACAUCUUCAUCCUCAUCAAGACCGUCUUCAUCAUUAGAAUCAACAUCCAGAACCUCAUCGUCAUCAUCCUCAUCAUCCUCAUCCUCCUCCUCAGCAGAACCAAGAGUGUUGCCCCAGCAGGUGGGAGGUCUUCACCGGAGGAUCCGUUCAGCAGAUGACAUGAACUCCGUCCUCUCAGAGUUUUCCAUGAUGUUCCAGAGCUUCACGGAGGGCGAGCUUCAGCAUGUGAUCGGAACCUUGCUAGACAGGAAGAAGGGGAAGAGCCGGCGCGAGAACCAGGCCCGAAGGACUAAAAGAGCCCGCAGACCUAAACCCUGCUCUGUGAGGGAGCUGGAGCUGACAGUGAGUGAACUGGGUCUUGGUUACGAGAGUGAUGAGACAGUGCUACUGCGCUACUGCAGUGGCAAAUGCACAGCCCACCGGCACAACUACGACAUCACAAUGGAGCACAUGAUGAGGACGGGCUUUAAGGAGAAGGGCCGCAGGGACAAAGUUAGCAACGGGCCCUGCUGCAGACCGAUUGCAUUUGAAAAGGACUUUUCCUUCCUGGACAACAAGAGCCGCUAUCACACAAUACAGAAUGUGUCAGCAAAGAAUUGUGGGUGCGUAUGACCCAGAGAAAUGGACUUAUCACUUCUUCAUGCUGCUUUCAGCCUCUGUUGGAAGAGUCAAACAUGGAUGCUGUUAAAAGACAAACUGUGGAAUAUAAUCUCAAAGGGAGGAGGAGAGGCUGGUUAUGGCUGCUGCACAGUAGCCUUUUGUGACAGACUGACACUUUGAUGUGUGUCACCACAAGCUGGGACCAAAUCAUAUGGCUAGCAAGUGUUGUGCUGGCUGUCAUGUAAAAAAAAGACAGAAAAUGACUGUUGAUACCAAAACGUUUUUAUCUUUUCUAUCUGUGUAGUAACACUGUAAACUGUGGUGUAACAACAACGUAGCAACAUUAUGUUUGCGAUAUUAUAUAUGAGUAGUAAUAAAUGCGAUAGACUCACGAUGAUGAGCCAUGGUGGACUAGAUCAUUGCUGUUACUGCAUGUCCCACAGGCAUUACCUUCACUAAGUUCAAAUCUUGUAGUUUCAAGGGUUAUAAUGACCGAAGCCACUUUUCAGGGAGAAAUGUGCAGAAAAAUACAUUUUGAAGCCAUAAAUAUAACACAGACAACGAAAACACAAUGUACCGAUGUUCACUUUAAGUUCUGCACUGGACAGUUUGACCCGUCGACCCGAUUCUAAUAUCUCGGGAUCAGCUAUGUGCAGCAAGUAUAUUGAUUUAAAGGUGUGUUGAACUGUUGUUAUCACAGACCAUGACUUUGUGACCUGUUUCCCUGCUUGUAUGCAUUACUGUUACUGAUUGCAGUGUUAUUACACAGGUGAGAGAACAAGUAUUAUUGAUGCAAUUUUGACAGUGAAAGGAAAUCAUUUUCUAUAGCUCCAGGUUUGAUACCCACCUUUAAUAAGUGUGUUUUACAGUGUACAUUGAUGUUGUGUAGAUUAACUAUGAGGACCAGCUUCAAAACCAAAACUACACUCUCACUUUAGCAGUAGAAGAACAUGAAAAUGUCCCCCAUCUGCUCUCCAUAGAAUAGCUCUCUUUUUUUCUACUUUCCC